AUGACUGGUACCCGGCAACACGAAAAGGAUAGCGUCGAGGCUUUUGUCCGAGCAAACGCGCGAAUGAUCGUCCAACAUGCUGGCGAAAAUCCCACCACUUCCAACCAACGUUUGUACAAGUGCAAGGACUGCAACAAAGAGUAUGACACCUUUCAAGCUCUGGGUGGCCAUCGUGCCAGCCACAGGGCUCCUAAACCAGAGACCCCAGCUGGUGGGGUCUCUGGUGAGGAGUCUGGGGAAACACAUUCCAAACCAAAGUUGCAUGAAUGCAAGAUUUGUAAAAAGGGGUUUGAAAUUGGGCAGUCAUUGGGCGGGCACAUGCGAAAGCAUUGGAGGAGAGACGCGGAUAAUUCGAGUUCUUCGUGUUCAUCGUCCACGGUUAGUCUUUCGAAUGGUGAGGUGGUUUUUAAAUAUGAUCUUAACUUGACACCUCAUGAGAAUGAACGAAUUGAUGGGGUUAGAGUAGAACAAGAUUCUUCCCCAGAGUCAUGA